ACUCGCCCGCGCAGAGUGGGGAGGACGACCAUCAACGCCUCGUCCAUGGUCGUCCUCAAUUUUGACUCUGCAGCGUCGUCUUCGUCAUCAUCUCCUGAUACGAGGACGUUCGCUGCCACGCCCUUCUGGGAGGGCGACCCGCAAGCCCUUCUUCAGGAUAGCAGCCAUGUCCAGCCUCACUCGAGAGAGCGGGUGAGCUAUUACUUCCCAAAAGGGGUCGGAGAAUAUCACUAUGGCAUGCUACAUCCGAUGAAGCCGGCUAGACUUACCUUGACCAAUCGCCUAGUCUUAGGGUAUGGCCUACAAGAUCACAUGCAAUGCUUUACGCCCACGGCCGCCACGCGUCAAGAGCUAGAAGACUUCCACGACGAAGAGUACAUUGAGUUCCUCAGCACGGUCACCCCCUCAACCCCGCCCACGGCCUCCUUCACCAAGUUCAACUUUGCAGACGACUGCCCCAUUUUCGACGGCAUGUACGACUUCUGUCGCUCCUAUGCCGGCGCCUCCUUGGCAGCAGCCCGCAAGCUGGCCUCCGGGUCAACGGACAUAGCCAUCAAUUGGAGUGGGGGUCUCCACCAUGCCAAGAAGGGAGAGGCGAGCGGAUUUUGCUACGUCAACGACAUUGUGCUGGCAAUUCUGCAACUCCUCAGGUAUCAUGCGCGGGUGCUGUACAUCGACAUCGAUAUUCACCACGGAGACGGAGUGCAGGAGGCCUUUUACAACUCGAAUCGAGUGAUGACCGUGUCGUUCCACAAAUACGGCAAUGAUUUCUUUCCCUGCACCGGAGCGCUCAGUGAAGUCGGGAUGGGGCUGGGCAAGCACUUCUGCUUGAAUGUCCCGCUGCAAGACGGAAUCGACGAUGCCGGGUACGUAGGGUUGUUCAAGAGCGUCAUGGAACGGACGAUCGAUACAUUCCGCCCAGCCUCAAUCGUGCUGCAGUGCGGUGCCGACUCGCUAGGGUUGGACAGGCUAGGAUGCUUCAAUCUGAGCAUCGCAGCUCAUGGCGAAUGCGUGCGCUUCAUCAAGUCCUUUGGCCUGCCUCUGCUCGUACUGGGCGGGGGUGGCUACACAAUCCGCAACGUGGCUCGUUGCUGGGCUUACGAGACUAGUGUCCUCACAGGCACGACAGUACCCGACGCCCUCCCACACACGCCUUACGACGACUUCUUCCUCCCCUCGAAGCGCCUGCACGAGAACAUGCCUGGCAUGCCUGGAGGAGGAGCGUCGGCCGCUUUUGGAGGGAGUGGCGGGCUGGGCUUUGCUGGUGGGGGAGGGAUUGGUGGCGGAGGAGGGGGCCGCGUGGAGAAUCAAAAUACUCGUGCCAGCUUGGAGAAGAUACGAGUCAAGAUCAUGGAGGAGUUGCGCUACUUGCAUGGAGCGCCGAGUGUGCAGAUGCAGGAAUUGCCUCCGGGAGAUCUCGCUGGGAAGUGGCUCGAGGAGGAGGAUGUGAGGGAUCCGAGGGAGGAUAAGUGAGAGAGGGGAGCAGGAGGAUGCGAGGUUGUGUACCUUGUUCUGUUGUACUGAUACCACAAUCAAUGCUCUCUUGAUAUUGACUCGAUCGAUCAGAUCAUUAGACGUGCAACUUGAACGACUGCUGUGC